AUGUUGUUCAUAAAUAUCAAAUAUCUAUUAUAUGACCUUGUUCCAUCUGUUCAUUCAUCUAUCUAUCUAUCUUCCAGUCUGUUCAUAUCACAUUCAUAUCUAUCUUCCAGUCUGUUCAUAUCUAUCUAUCUAUCUAUCUUCCAGUCUGUUCAUAUCUAUCUAUCUAUCUACCUAUCUAUCUAUCUAUCUAUCUAUCUAUCUUCCAGUCUGUUCAUAUCUAUCUAUCUAUCUUCCAGUCUGUUCAUAUCUAUCUAUCUAUCUUCCAGUCUGUUCAUAUCUAUCUAUCUAUCUUCCAGUCUGUUCAUAUCUAUCUAUCUAUCUAUCUAUCUAUCUAUCUAUCUUCCAGUCUGUUCAUAUCUAUCUAUCUAUCUAUCUAUCUUCCAGUCUGUUCAUAUCUAUCUAUCUAUCUAUCUAUCUAUCUAUCUUCCAGUCUGUUCAUAUCUAUCUAUCUAUCCUACUCUGUUCAUAUCUAUCUACCUAUCUAUCUAUCCGACUCUGUUCAUAUCUAUCUACCUAUCUAUCUAUCCGACUUUAUUCAUAUCUAUCUAUCUAUCUAUCCGACUUUAUUCAUAUCUAUCUAUCUAUCUAUCUCAGUCUGUUCAUAUCUAUCUCAAUAUAUUCAUAUCUAUCUAUUUAUCUAUCUGUCUGUCUAUCACUGUUCAUAUCUAUCUAUCUAUCUAUCCGACUUUAUUCAUAUCUGUCUAUCUCAGUCUGUUCAUAUGUAUCUCAAUAUAUUCAUAUCUAUCUAUUUAUCUAUCUAUCUGUCUGUCUAUCACUGUUCAUAUCUAUCUAUCUAUCUAUCUUCUAGUCUGUUCAUAUCUAUCUAUCUAUCUAUCCGACUCUAUUCAUAUCUAUCUAUCUAUCUAUCCCAGUCUGUUCAUAUCUAUCUAUCUAUCUAUCCCAGUCUGUUCAUAUCUAUCUAUCUAUCUAUCUAUCUAUCUAUCCCAUCCGCCACUUCAUCGCUGCUUGGACUAUUUCUCUUUACUCGCUUUCUGUUUUGCGCCUCCUCUCUCUUCUUCUUCUUCAUCACAUCCCCGUACAUGUUUUUCUCUACCUCUCAAUCUUUCUUACUUUUCUUCAUCUCCCAGUUUGCUCUCUCUCUCUCUCUCUCUCUCUCUCUCCCUCCCUCUCGCUUUUGUUCUUCUAUCCUUUUUUAUCACUCCUCCUUACAGAGAUUUCCUAAACUCGCACUCACUCACUCACUCAGAUUACUCACUCACUCGCAUUGAGUGGAAGGAGCUUAUAUGUCUCCAUCUAUUAUGCUUUGUGUUUUAUUUCACCUCCUCUCUCUUUCACUAUCUCUUUCUUUUCUCUGUCUCUUUCUCACUUUAUCGUUCUUUCUCUCUUUCUCUUUCUCAUUCUCUCUAUUUUUCAUACUCUUUCUCUCUCUCUUUCUCUGUCCUCCCUCCCUCUCUUUCUAUUUUCCUGUCUCUCUCUCAUUCUCUAUCCCUCCCACCCUCUCUAUUUUCUGUCUCUCUGUCUCUUCCUCUCUUUCUUUUUCUCUUUCUCUCUUUCAUUCUCUUUCUUUCUCUUUCAGUCUUUUCUCUGUCUCUCUAUUUCUUUUCUUUCUCUGUCUCUUCCUCUCUCUUUCUUUCAGUCUCUUUCUCUGUCUCUUCUCUCUAUCUCUCUCUUUCUUUCUUUCUCUGUCUCUUUCCUCUCUUUCUCUUCUUCUCUCUUUCUUUCUCUCUCUCUCUCUCUCUCUAUUUCACAUUCUCUGUAUCUCUCUCUUUCAGUCUCUUUCUCUGUCUCUUCCUCUCUCUUUCUUUCUCUCUCUCUUUCUCUCUCUCUCUAUUUCACAUUCUCUGUAUCUCUCUCUUUCAGUCUCUUUCUCUGUCUCUUCCUCUCUCUUUCUUUCUCUCUCUCUUUCUCUCUCUCUCUAUUUCACAUUCUCUGUAUCUCUCUCUUUCAGUCUCUUUCGCUGUCUCUUCCUCACUCUUUCUUUCUCUGUCUCUUUCUCUCUCUCCCUCUCUCUCUUUCAGUCUCUUUCUCUGUUUCUUCCUCUCUCUUUCUCUCUAA